AACGGGCCAUCCUUCGAUGAACUUCAACGGUGUAGCUCCCUUAGCUAAACACAGAGAGCAGCAGAGGGUUCAUCCUCCGGCUACAGCUACUACCAUGGCGUCAACUGAGAUAGCGAGGCAAGCGGGUGAAGGUGCUCGUGCCGUCCCUCUAGCCGGCCAUGUCGGCUUUGACAGCAUGCCAGACCAGCUGGUCAAUAAGUCUGUGAACCACGGAUUCUGCUUCAACAUCCUCUGUGUUGGUGAGACGGGUCUGGGGAAGUCCACCCUGAUGGACACACUGUUUAACACCAAGUUUGAAGGGGAGCCCACUCAGCACAACCAGCCGGGAGUUACGCUCAAAUCCAACACCUAUGAACUCCAGGAGAGUAACGUGCGCCUCAAACUCACCAUCGUCAACACAGUGGGCUUUGGAGAUCAAAUAAACAAGGAAGACAGUUACAAGUCUAUUGUGGAGUUCAUUGAUGCCCAGUUUGAAGCAUAUCUACAGGAGGAGCUGAAGAUCAAACGCACCCUACACAGCUACCACGACACCCGCAUCCACGCAUGCCUCUAUUUCAUCGCACCCACGGGACACUCACUGAAAUCCCUAGACUUGGUGACAAUGAAGAAACUUGAUAGCAAGGUCAAUAUUAUUCCAAUCAUCGCCAAGUCGGACGCCAUCUCCAAAAGCGAGCUGGCCAAGUUCAAAAUCAAAAUCACAAGCGAGCUGGUCAGCAAUGGAGUGCAGAUCUACCAAUUCCCCACUGAUGACGAGUCUGUGGCUGAGAUCAACUCCACAAUGAAUAGCCACUUGCCAUUCGCUGUAGUUGGGAGCACAGAGGAAGUGAAGAUUGGCAACAAGAUGGUGAAGGCCCGGCAGUACCCCUGGGGAACAGUGCAGGUGGAAAAUGAGAAUCACUGCGAUUUCGUCAAGCUCAGAGAGAUGCUGAUAAGAGUGAACAUGGAGGACCUGCGAGAGCAGACUCAUACACGCCACUAUGAGCUCUACCGCCGCUGCAAACUGGAGGAGAUGGGCUUCAAGGACACAGAUCCUGACAGCAAACCCUUCAGUCUUCAGGAAACAUACGAAGCCAAAAGAAACGAGUUCAUGGGCGAGUUGCAGAAGAAAGAGGAAGAAAUGAGACAAAUGUUCGUCCAGAGAGUGAAGGAGAAGGAAGCUGAGCUUAAAGAAGCGGAAAAAGAGCUGCAUGAAAAGUUUGACCGUUUGAAGAAGCUCCACCAGGACGAGAAAAAGAAACUGGAGGAGAAGAAGAAGUCCCUGGACGACGAGCUGAACAUGUUCAAACAGAAAAAGACUGCUGCAGAGCUUUUGCAGAACCAGGCCCAGCAGGCAGGGGGCUCCACCACACUCAAGAGGGACAAAGAGAGGAAAAAUAAUCCCUGGCUCUGCACUGAGUAGGUCUCUCAGCCCUCAAGCUUUGCUGAGGGACCAGCCCUCUGUGGGUACUGAGUACCUCAAAUGUGACCCGAGGCUUUGUGGACCCCCCACCCUUCAGGGUUUCUUAAUCAUUACCUGCCUUGCUUUAAUAUUGCUUAAUGUGUAACUGUGUUUUGCUGCAGCUUUAACCUCAACCUCAGCAGUCUAAUUCUUGCUUUAUCGCCUUGUUUAUGCGUAUAUGUGCACUGUUUUUCUUAUUGAAACUAACUGUAUUUCCACUUAAUGAAGAUUACAUGAGCACUUGCCUGUUUAUGUUAGAUUGCUGGGGAAUUAACUCUCACAAGACAAUCAGCAGCACUUCAUUUCAGCAUUGUAACACACACAAUGUUAUGCUUUGUGUAUUAUAAAAGCAGGGAAUUUUCAACUUCUCUUAUUCCUCAAACCUGAUUUGAUUCUCUCCCUGAUAUCAGAUGCACUUCUUCAUCUCCAGCUUGACUUUUUUGAAUGUUUCUACCUUGCACUUCCUCUCUAACUGCUGGCUUUCUCCUCUUCUUUGUCUCUUCAGCUUCUUUUAAUCUGUCUUGACCACCUGAAGAGGGGAUUGCAGCUUCGGCAAGAACUAAACACCCUUUACCUCUUCCUGUUUUAUCUCGCUGUAUUGAACCCUUUUUUUAUUCCCCCCAUGGCAUCCCCAUUUUUAUUUUUCGUUGAAUAUGGCCUUAUGUGGACUCGCAUGGUAUUUCUGACCACCUUAUGAAGCUCUAAACCCCGGCAGGGUUGGAACUGGGCACAGUUUAAAUCUGCUUUAAUGUCUUAAUGUACAUAAGAAGACUCUUGUAGUUAAUAGAAGUCAUCAGCUGGGGCUCACACAUCUUUUAAGAUUUGUUGAUGGAAUCAUUUGAUCUUUACUUGAAGCAAAAUAGCAAUGACCUGCACUAUGCACUCAUCUUUUCAAAAGGAUACUCAACAGAAUUUAGGAAUGGAUGAAACAUCAAGGUUUGUGAUUAAAACAAGAACAGAGGCACUUAGUGGGGGUGUGUUAGCCAGGUUUAAUAAGUAAUCAUGUUUUUUUAAAUCUAGCACAGUUUGAAAAUAAUCUGCUAAAUCAAAUGAGUCAUAGUCAUCCAAACGCCAAAGCAAUAUUUUCUACUUAGCACUUCAUUUGAUGGUGCCCAUGUUUACAUGCCACCGUUGAAUACCAUGGAGGUCACAUGUCAUGGCCUUUUAUUACACAUUGUGCUUUAAUAUUCACCAGCCUACUCUAUAUUUUGCAUGCAUCUUUUUAUUUAAAUACCGCUGUGAUCUUUGACAUGCUUGUUUUAUCCCUUAAUAACUCUGGUUUGCAGUCAGUUUCAACUUCAUUGCUGUUUUCUUCAUAUGGUGCAUAUGAUUAUUCAUGUAUAUUUGCUCUGUCCUAUGAUUUCAGCUCCCUUUUCUGCCAAAUAUUAGUAUAAGGUGGAGUUGAUCUGAAUCCCAGAUAGGAGUAUUGAAAAAAAAAAAAAGAAAAUAGUCAUGCAUUUAUAUAAUUUAUAAGGAUAUAUUUUGUGUAUUGAAGUGGAGACUUGUUGUUUAUUACCUAUGAUCUUUGGACGUGACUUUGAGUGUAAAGUAACAUUUCGGUGUCAGAAUAUGCCAUACAUUUUUCUAGUAAUCCGUCAUCACCUCUUGUCGUCAAACCUCCCACACCACAAAUGAUUCAGUCUUACUUUAGUUUGAUUCCAUUGAUGUACAUUUUCAAUAAAAAAUAUGAU